AUACGCGUCGGGCGGUGGCGGGAUUUUGCCGCGUGCGCUUUCCCGCCCCAGUCCGCUAGGCGCUCGCUGCGCCUCGGUCGACCCCUGCCAAGCCUCUGAGUUCUCGCUCUCUCGCGGCUUCGCGCGCCCCUCCUUCUCCCUCGUUUCUGUUAGAGCCCAGGCCACGCCCGUUUCCCGCCUCCAGGGCCUGGUUCGUUCCCGCCCCAGUCUUGCCCUUUUUGCGCCCCUGCUGCUUCUGCUGGAGGCGGAGGCUCCAUGUUGUCCCCUCAGCGAGCCGUAGCGGCUGCAUCGGGAGGAGCAGGUGAUGCUAUGGAGAGCGGAAAGCCUGGUCCAGUGCAGGUUGUUUUGGUUCAGAAAGACCAACAUUCCUUUGAGCUAGAGGAGAAAGCCUUGGCCAGCAUCCUCUUACAGGACCACAUCCGAGAGCUUGAUGUGGUGGUGGUGUCGGUGGCCGGCGCCUUCCGAAAGGGCAAGUCCUUCUUGCUGGACUUCAUGCUACGAUACUUAUAUUUCCAGAAGGAAGGUGGCCAUUCAAACUGGCUGGGUGACCCAGAAGAACCGUUGACAGGGUUUUCAUGGCGAGGGGGCUCUGACCCAGAAACCACUGGAAUUCAGAUCUGGAGUGAGGUUUUCACUGUGGAGAAGCCAGGUGGAAAGAAGGUUGCAGUUGUUCUGAUGGAUACCCAGGGGGCAUUUGACAGCCAGUCCACUGUGAAAGACUGUGCCACCAUCUUUGCUCUGAGCACCAUGACUAGCUCUGUUCAGAUUUAUAAUUUGUCCCAGAACAUUCAAGAAGAUGAUCUUCAACAGCUGCAGCUCUUCACAGAAUAUGGUCGUCUGGCGAUGGAUGAAAUUUUCCAAAAACCCUUCCAGACACUGAUGUUCCUGGUUCGAGACUGGAGUUUCCCUUAUGAAUACAACUAUGGAUUACAGGGAGGAAUGUCAUUUUUGGAAAAGCGUCUACAGGUAAAAGAACAUCAACAUGAAGAAAUUCAGAAUGUCCGGAAUCACAUCCAUUCAUGUUUCUCCAGCGUCUCCUGUUUUCUACUACCACAUCCUGGACUCCAGGUGGCCACAAGCCCUGACUUUGAUGGCAAAUUGAAAGACAUUGCCAGUGAAUUCAAAGAGCAGUUACAGACAUUGAUACUGUAUGUAUUAAACCCAGCCAACUUAAUGGAAAAGGAGAUCAAUGGCUCAAAAGUCACCUGUCGGGGACUGCUGGAGUAUUUUAAGGCAUAUAUUAAAAUUUACCAAGGAGAAGAUCUGCCUCACCCCAAAUCCAUGCUUCAGGCCACUGCUGAAGCCAACAAUUUAGCAGCUGCAGCCUCUGCCAAGGACGUUUAUUACAACAACAUGGAAGAGGUUUGUGGGGGAGACAAACCGUAUUUGUCUCCAGACAUUCUAGAGGAGAAGCACUGCGAAUUCAAACAGCUUGCUCUGGACCAUUUUAAGAAGACAAAAAAGAUGGGCGGGAAGGAUUUUAGCCUUCGUUACCAGCAGGAGCUGGAGGAGGAGAUCAAGGAACUCUAUGAGAACUUCUGCAAGCACAACAGUAGCAAGAAUGUCUUUAGCACGUUCCGAACCCCCGCAGUGCUCUUCACGGGCAUCGUGGCUCUAUACAUCGCCUCCGGCCUCACUGGCUUUAUUGGUCUUGAGGUGGUGGCCCAGCUGUUCAACUGUAUGGUUGGACUGCUGUUAAUAGCGCUUCUCACCUGGGGGUACAUCAGGUACUCUGGUCAGUAUCGUGAGCUGGGUGGUGCUAUUGAUUCCGGUGCAGCGUAUGUGUUAGAGCAGGCCACUUCUCACAUCGGUAAUUCCACUCAGGCUGCUGUAAGGGAUGCAGUUGCUGGGAGACCACCCUCGGAUAAAAAAGCUCAGUAGCAUCCUAACGAGAGGAUCAGACAAGAACCCUUCUAGCUCCCUCUGAUUUCUGGGCUUCUGCGACGGCCACAGGCCCAGGUCUCCAGGAAAGCAGACCCGGGACCAUCUGGGAAGAGCUGAAACACGGCACUAAUAAAUGAACAGACCUUUCCUGUGGUUUCAAAUUGUUAAACACACUUCCAUUUCUCUUGGAAGCAUUUCUUUUCCUUGCUGGUGUAGAUCCAAGCUUGAGUCUGUUUUCUUAUUACUCUCUGCUUUGUGCACUUUAUGGGGGAAAAAGCUAAAAGAACAAUGGAAAUGCGAUUUUCAGUCCUUUAUGUGCCGCUUAGUGCCUUUUAAGAUUGAACCCAUGCUUUCGAGGACUUGAUCGGGAGGAAAUUGAGGACACUCACAUGAAAGAUGCUGUUUUGAGGUGAAUUGUCAGUUUGUACCGUAUUCUUUUGAGAAGGAUUCCUUUUUUAAAAGUUUACAAAACUUGGCAAAAGCUUCAAAACUAAAGACAUUAAAAAUGAUGCUAUUACAGUUUUUAAAUCUUAUGAUAUUAGAGAAUUGUGUUUGCCACAUAAUAUGGAAAAAUUGUAUUUAAAUCUACCAUACACUGAAAUUUAAGGUCUGUUUCUUGACAGGCGGCAGUUUUGUUAGAACAUAUUCUGUUUUUUUUUGUUGUUGUUGUUUUUUUUCCUUCAUUCAUUCCUGUAGCUUCUUUCUAGAAAAGAGGCAAACAUGCCUUGAAAAACCAGAGCUGCUUAUAUUAUAAGGAAUGAGUUGAAUACUUUAAGGAAAAAACUUGAGUUUAAAUGAACCAUGUGACCUCUGAUAAGUCAUCUGAACUUGUGCCUUGGUCAGACUCGCUGAUUGUAGGUUUCUGUCUAUACAUAUGUGUAUUGUACGUAACUCACAGCAGUCAUUCAUGAGAACAGAACUUUAUCAAGGACUAGAGGAAGGAUUUUUACCAAACAUUCUGCCUUUAAUUGAUGUCCUGUUUCAUGUGGCUUAGCAGUACAUCAGGUCUUUAUCCACAAUGUUUAUUUGCAGUCUCCUAUUCAUGGUCUGAUAUUUUUAAUAAUGAAGCUAAAACUGUCAGUUUUAUUUAGUGAAUCAUCCUUUAUUUAAUUUUAUAUGUGGCUAGUCUGGUAGCUUUAAAGUAUCUUUGGCUUAGUAAGGACCAAGUCCCACCCAAGUAUGGAUGUAUAAUAUCUAGAAAGUAUCUAAAUUCUUUAUUUACCUUGAUUGUAUGAUAAAAAUUUUUGUCUAUCAGUUGCCUUUUCCUUUGUUUAUCAUGGUGAAUUGUUUUGGAUUUUAAAACUUCAUACAGCUUGCCUGCGAGUAUUUAUAUAAGCAUUCAGGUAUAUGAGCCUUAAUUCUUAAGAUAAUUUUUUUGUUGUGGGAGGGAGGUAGGGAAUUUUAGGCAGAUUCCGAGUGUAAGUUCUAUAUAGGUGAAGUAUGAAUGGAUGGUGGAAAAAAGUAUUUUCUAGUCUGUCAUCUUUUUAUCAAAGAGUAUUUCUCUUGACUAUUUUAACACUUUACCACUCAAGUAUUUUUGUAAGUUUUGAAUUAAUUCUAAGUGUUUAAUGUAUUUUUCAUAUUUACAUACCAUCUUGCUCCGAAGUUCUUGCUAUUUGAUUCAAUCAUGGUUAAAUUUUAGAAAAAUUCCAACUUGUUCUAAAAACUGUUUACUUGCAUAUCAGUAAUACUUAGCUUUAUUAAAUUAAAACCUUAGUUUUGAAAUUUUGGUGCAUUUUCAAGUGGCCUGUCAUCUUCCUGAAGAUUGAUACUUAUUUGCUAAAGGCCUUACAGAUGUUGACAUACUUAGCUUUUAAUGCACUGUAUAAGCAUGUUUAUAGAUUUCAGAAGAGUUGUCUAGAAUUAUCCUACUUUUAAUGGUGAGAAAAGGAUGCUGUGUUUAAAACUUAUUUCAAUACUAAAAUACUAGAUUUUUAAAAAAUAAAAAACAUGCAAUCAUGUAUGAUUUAGUGAAACCUUAGAAUUUAGUUACUGUUUAAAUUCACCGAAUUUCUGUUUUGAUCAUAAAAGAAUAACUUUGUUUAAUUGCCCUGGGGAAACCUUUUUUUUUUUUUUUUGGUCUUAUUCUGCCUCUGGAAAUUGUUUAUAGUUUUCUCAGUGAGGACUUUUAUGAGUUUUCCUUUGCCCUCUCUGUUAUUUUUUUUUUUUUUGAGAGUUGAUGACUUUAUUAUAUCAACUUUUCCAAUGAAAGGUGCGUUCUCAUUGCUGGCUGUAAGCAGUCCUGGGGAGGUUUACGACCAGGUUGAAGAGAAUGCCUCUCUCUUCUUACCCGCCUCAGCUGUUGGUUUGUGGGUCAGGGACGGCACUUAGGACGGUGAGGUUUGCCGGCUAUGUGUUUCUCUGGCACUCCUGCCUUUCCACGCAAGCAAGCAUUUUCAGUUUGCACAUUCCUAAGAGUAUAUGGGGCACAUUCCCUACUAACAUAUAAAAGGUUUUCAGAAUUUUCUAUGAAAAGAAUUCAUUUUAGGAGAAGUUAAAUGUUAAGUUUUUUUUUUUUUUUUUUAAUAUUUCCAGUUAGCUUCCAAAUAAAAAUAAUAGAAUCAAAAUCUCAGUCUUUCAUUGAGGACUCUUUCUAGAUUGGUGUGUAGACAAAAUGAGGGUAAACUAUCAUGUAAGAUGAUGAAAUAGCCUCAGAGUCAUACCUUAUUUUAGCAGUAUACCAAGAAAGCUGUCUCAUGGAGGUCUCUGUAUUUUCACAUUUGGUAGAGUUGCUUAUGAGUAUUGUUUUUGUUUUACCUGGUCUUUCCUUUUUUUCUCUUUCGUGAAGUAAAAUGCUUUAGGUGAACAAACAGACAAACUGCCGUGUACUGGCAGUGCAUUUAACAGGUUAUACCCAGCGUUCCACCUGGCUUAUGAAAAUGGUGUCUUGGAUAAGUAUUAUGAGUUACAGAAAAAUUACGUAGUUGAUUUAAGUCCAGGCAAAAGUGAUUAAAAAACAGUUUUAUUUUUCCCUGUUUUUUUAAACAAAAUAAUGUAACUUAUAUGGAUAUCUUAAUAGAGCUAUUUUUUUCCCCCAUGAAACUAUUGAAAUGUAAUUUAGGAUUAUUUAGGAUGGCUGCCAUCUAAGGUAGCCAACACAGGUUACAUCAUUUGGCUUAAUGUUUAGAUCCAUCAAAAUUUUAGUCAAGGAAUAGGGGCAUAGUGAAGAAAAACUUCAGUUACUAACAUACCAACUAUUUGUGUAGGUGGUGUUUUAAAAUGACAUUCUGAAGCCCACUUGUAAGAGACUAUUUGCAGUUGAAUAGUUUUCCUUCUGUGAAGUCAUGUUGUAACUGUGUUUUGAAUGGUGGCUCUCUUCUAUCUUGACCUGCAUAAAACAGCCCUGGGAGGCAUGUUUAAAAAAAUUCGAAUUGCUAGCUUUGUACCCAGGGAUUGCCCCAGUGGAUCUGGGUCUGGGUUGUGGCCCUGGAAUCACCACUUUUAAAAAUAGCAUCACAGGUGGUUCAGAGACCACAGUGGGAGAGAGUGAUCUGAGGGAUGGGAAGGAAGUGCAAUUCGGUGCUGCCUGAAGGCAAGUGGACACCUUUCGCCUGAGCUUCAGAAUAGGUGGUCUCCUGCCAGAUACAGUCACCGAGAGUUCAGUGUUAGGAGUAACAAGGAUGCAUUUAGUCCAGAGGAUUACCCAAGCUCUAUGAAAAUGUUUCUCUAAAUUAGAAAGUCCUAGUGCCUUCUCUGAAAAAUGAAUGUACAAGUAUCCUAUUUACAAACAGGUAUACUUAGGAUUAAAAAAACUAGUUUGAAAGUUGUUUUUCUUUGAAAAAGCAAAAAUUUAGCACUGUGACUUGAACCUCUGAAUCUUUUCAUGCACAGAAAACCAUAAGCCAUAAGUAAAAAUGAACAAAAAGGACAGAGAGGAUCAUAAAUUUGAAGAUUAGUGACAGAGUACCCCUUACCAGGGGCUUUCAAGAUUAAUCUAAGGGCAGAAAGAUUUUAGAAGAAAUUUUUCUUCUUGGGAAAGGAGUCUCACAUGCCAGAACUAAGAUUAUAAAUGUAGUGUUCUUAUGACCAGGGGAAGAUGCAUCUGAUUUUCAAAGUGUUCCAAUUUAGAUACAUAAAUGCUGUCAUGGACUUAAGCCUUAAAGGAGUUAAUACUAAUUUUGAGCAUAUACAAAUUUUCUUCUCUGAUUUCUCUUUCUUUAAAAAAAUGAUUUGUUAAAAGCACUUUCUUCCUCCUAGACUUUUUGAAUGGCUUUAAAAUUUAAUAUACUUUUUAAAAAGUGCAAUGAAUUAGAUUAUGCUAUUAGUAUAUUAAAAGCAUGUUUCUGUUUCUUAGUUUUAAGGUCAUUUAAUGGAAUAAAGAUCUCAGCACCGUG